AUGAAGAGCCCCCAAAGUCCUGGCUUACGCGGAAAGUGGAAUCUUCGCCUGCAGCGAAACGGUCCAAAGCAGCUGGCUGGACGACGUGCUUUCGUCUUGUACAAGGACGUGUGCGCCCCUCGACCAGAAGAGGAGGAGGCGUUCUGGAGGAACUCAUGUCACCUCCCUCCAACCUUCCAGUCCUGGUUCACCAUCACCAACUUCCACGUAUGGCUCCUCACUGCUCGCCUCCGUGCGCUCCCCGUAGAGCACGCGCGACACUAUGAGCAAGCCCUGCUCGACCACUUUUUCAUCGACGUCGAGGACCGGAUCCGGGCUGUCCUCCAACCUCCAACCUCCUUCGAGCUCCCAACGCCAUACACUUUCAAGUCAACGUUCUACACCAACCCUUACGCUCCGUUACCAGAAGGAGAAGGAGAGGAGGGCGACAAGCGCAAGAAGGCGAAACCAAGAGGAAGGGCACCGGAUAGGAUCGUGAUUCGGCAGAUGAAGAUCUUCAAGGAGCAGUGGAUGGGGAUGGGUAUUUCGCUUUCCCUCGGGCUCGUCCAGUCGGACCAAGAGCUCGCAGCUGCGAUUUGGCGGAAUCUGUUGGGUGCUAGAGGUGCGAGUGGGAUUGCGUUGCCGUCUUCUUCCGCGGAGACGAAUGGAUACUUCAGGCGAGCGGUGAACUUGGUUGGAGGAGAGGUCGUGAAUCUUUUGAAGGAGGAGAGGACGGACGAAGGGUCGGGCCUAUAUAUUUGUGUAGAGUACGACGAACAAUACGAGCGGUUUUUCAAGUGA